AUGGCGGAUGGCGCUGAAAAGGGGCAGGCCAAGGACGGCGGUGCUCUGUGUGUUGAAUCGGAACCGAAACCACAAUUAAUGGUCCCCCUCGUAUAUUCAAUGGGCCCGAACCGGUGGUCCGCUCGGAACCAGGCAUCCAUAUAUCUGAUACCACGGCCCGAAUUUCCUAGGCGUUUUGACCCGAAGUUCUUUGCUUCUAAGAUCCGAAUCCGAGAUAGCUCAGAGAAGAGGUCUGAUGGCUGGCCUUUCCGUAGAGGAAAAAGGAAAGACUUUUCAUUGUUCCCUCAGUCGAUUGAAAAUCGUCUCUUUACCCCUCGUCUUCUCCACAAUUUAUUCUCACCCGCCGAGUACUGCCAUGAACUACUAGUCCACCACCUCAGCCCGACUCGGUGCCGGCCAACCAAUCAGAUCUGGCGUGUUAAAUCGUGGUCGGUUAGCAGGAUGAAGAAGAGUUGGACAGCAUCAGAAGGAUCGGUAUUGAAUUUCUACCACAUGCAACAAAUCCCACUAUACAUUGUAUUCAACUUAUUGGUUUGCCCACCCACUUCAGAAAGUCUCUUCCGCGAGUAUCAAUACCAAUUCAAGAUGAUGUACCAACAAAAUGUUGUAAAGGUGGAAUCGACAAAAAACCCCGCAAGAAACGGAAUAUAUACAGUCCCUACUAUCGAUGAAGACAAAAGGGAGGAUGAAGACGAAAGAGGAAGACAUGCUGUUGUUUUGGUAGGUUAUGGCGUCAAGAACGAUAAAGAUUAUUACAUAGUGCAAAACUCGGGUGGUGAUACGUGGGGUCUCAAAGGGUUCAUCAAAGUGUGAAGGAAUGUUGUACGAAAUAUGUUUUACCUGUAGGAGUUCAUCUGAAACAAACUGAGGUAACCUGUUUUUCAAUUCAUGUUUUAAAUAAUUUAUUUUUAAAUAUUGUAUUAGAUUUAGGUUAUAAUUCAUCAUUCUUUCUUUUGGUUUUAAUAGGCAUUUGUAUUUAAUACGCGCUCAGACCGAUUGACACAAUAUAGCAAGAAUAUUAAGUUGUUCAGAUAAAAGUUCUUCAUUUAAGUAUAUACUUUUGUUAUUAUAUUUUAUAAUGUUCGUGAAUCACAUAGAAAUUAGUUAUUUAGUUGUACUAUUGUUAUU